AAACAAUGAAUACCAACAUGGUGGCAAUGUGCUACACAGUUUGAAAAUGCAGGUCGUGUCAUGCUUUGAAAAAAAUCAUUUUAUACACGAAUUUGGUGGAAAAUGUCGGACCCUAAACGUGCUACUCUUAUAACAGUGGGUGCUCCUAAAAGUGCAAAGAAUAAUGUGAACAAAACAGUGAGAUUAACUAUAAAUUUGGAUGAAAGCAACGAAAGUAAAUAUCCGGAGCUGAAUUACAAGGAACUAGUCAUUGCAGAAGAGAGAAAGAAGAAAGUCGAUAGAGAAAAUGGCAAGACAGCCGGUUUGGAUCCGUUCUCCGAGAGCAAUGAUGAUGUGGUCCGCGUCGCCAGGCAGUUUGAACAGAAAUAUGGCGGUAAAAGUACAUAUGGCCGUAAGGGCAGAUCGAAGCAUGAUGAUUUCGCGGACAUUGGAGCUGGCUACGAUGAGAAUGAUUCCUUUAUCGACAACACACAUGGGUACGACGAGAUGAUCCCGCCAGAGUGCGACACACUGCACGGUGGAUUUUACAUCAACUGCGGCUCGCUGGAGUUCAAGAGUGUGGCUGACCAGGCUGCGAUAUCUGAUGCCGAGCCUGGAGGCAGUCGAAGGAAUAAGAGGCGUAUAUCAUCAAGCAGUAGUGAGGAAGAUUCGUCUGACAGGAGUUCUUCAGGAUCCAGUGAGGAUGAAAAGGAUCCUAAGGCGAUAGCUAACGGCGAUGUGGACUCGCACAAGACUGAACACCGGAAGAAGAAAAACAAAAAAAUUGAUAAGAAGACAGCCAAGAAGGUACGGCGCACUGACUCAUCGGCCGCUACGUCUGGCAAGCAGACUUCAGAUGAUAAUGCUCACGGCGACGCUGAGAGCGCAGACUCGCAUACGUCACAGUCAGACUCGCUCACGUCCAAACCUACGCCCAGCUCCGAGAAUGCUGCUACUUCAGACAGCUCAAGAGAUACGGAGACGAAGGUGGAGGUAAAGUUGCCCCCGGCGGCAGUGACGGUGCUAGAGUCGCUGGAGUCGUUCGUGUCGCGCCAGCUCGCGCAGAACCCAAACACGCCGCGCAAGCAACUACUCGCGCAGGCUGACGAGUACAUUGUUAGAGUGGAGCAGGUCCUGCAGGGCGCGCGCGUGGAGGCGCGCGCCGUCCGCGCCGGCUGGGCGCGCGCCGCGCGGGCACUCGCCACCACGCGCGCCAAGCUGCUGCAGCGGGUCCGGGGCCGACCCGCGCCCGACCUCCAUAACUCAACUACUGCUCAAGUAACCCCAGCAACAAACACUGCCAACUCGACUGCCCCGCCACCAUCGUCAUCAACAGUAACGAACCACAACAACAAGAGGAAAGCUGAUGAUGAUCUUGUUGACUUCGAUCCAGAUAACUUGACUGAUGAGGAGAGAGAGGCUUUACUCGUUGAAACUUUAUUCAGGUUAAAAGUACUCAUUGAUGAAAAGAAGCCAGCAAUGAUAGCUAACUACAAUGCAGAAUGUGAAAGAGUACAAGAAGAAAGGAAGAAGAUCCAGAUAGCGUCGGCGGCGGAGGGUGUCCCCGCAGUAGAGAAGCGGCUCCCGAAGCGGCGCUUCCCGUGGUGCGGGCGCAGCCGCGGCCUGCUGGCGCGCGCCGCCCGCCUCGCCGCCGCGCACGCGCCGCGGGUGUUGCUCACACGCGUGCUGCCGCUCUUCCCGCAGGGCUUCGUGCGCAUGCCCACGCUACUGCGACAGGCCGAUCUCAGUAAAGAACUAAAGGCCACAGACAUCAAGCGGCCGCGGCUAGGGUCAAACUCGCAGCCGCCAGUCCCGAGUCAACGUACGGAGGCGCCGGCCCCGGCGACGCGGCCCGAGCCGGCCCCCGCCGCCUUCACCGAGCCCAUCCACUUCCCCAGCUCGCUCACCGUCACCACUACCACAACCAAACAGUCUCCGGAUAAGACUGAAGCUCCCGUGACUGCCGAAGACACCAAAGCUCCCUAUAAGACUAAUUCGGUCUUUGGAUCCAUUAUGAAUUCUAUUUCUAUUAGCAAGGACCUCAUCGUAGAUAAAAAAGACAGUGAAAAGAAAGAAGAACUAUACAUUCCCCCCAACAAUAUAGGAAGCAUUACUAUAACACCGGUACCCAGUAAUCCCCCUAAACCUGAGAAAAAACUUAAUAAUAAUGUCCAAGCAUCGACAGCAGAUAAAUCAGGUUUAAUUAGGGUUAAAUCGCCAGCGGCGUUAAACGAAAUGGUGAAAAAAGAUAAAGUUAAGAAGCCAGAAAAAAGUCAGGUUAAAGAGAAAAGAGUAGAUUCACCAUUGCAUGUAGAUACAAGUUACCAGCCGAGUAAAAAGGACCCAAGUCCGAAACACAAAGAGGAAAUACCCCAAAAGCAGAUUGAGAGUAUGCGAGUGAAUGAGAACAACAUCCCGAGGCCGGCGCUAGUCCCCGUGCACCACUCGCCGACAUUCGCGAAGCCCGACAAGCGGCCGCCCGACGUCAAGCGGAAGAAAGACGUCGUCAUCAUCUCGGACGUGGACCCGCUGAGUGAACAAGAACCUCUAGCGGUAGACGACAGUAGCAGCGACGUAGAACUCGUGGAGGACAAUAGGACUGAUAAAAGUGAAAAUAAACGUGAUAAAAAUGAGACAGUGCCUUCCAAGGACCGCGUGAACUUUGACGCUAACAAAAAAGUGAAUAGUGUGAAGUGUAAUAAGAAAGAUAAGGAAGUGCAUAAGAGUAGUGAGAGUGAGGAACCUACCAAUGAUGAUAUUGAUACGCUCAUGAGGAAUCUCAGAGAAAUGGAGCAUUCUCAAGAGCCGACAAAGUUCAACAGUAAUUCUUAUGGCGGGGUGAUAACUAACGCGAAACACGAGAGGUCUUCCAGCCAGCCCGCCUUCCCGCGGAACGCGGUCUUCGAGGCCCGAGACAGAGAUAAGCUUACAGAACGCACUUCUUUGAACAAAAUGGAUGGAUGUAAUGGCAUCACAGGCUGAAAAGCGGAGCAGUAGAAAUCACAAGGAUGUUGUAACAGUUACAUGAAGAUAGUAUGUAUAUCACAACCGAACUAGCCACUACUGAAUACUGAAUCUGUAAUAUUGACGCGUCUCUACAAGUUGAUAGCUCGUGUUUUUACUAAACCGAACUAGGUAUGUCAGAAAAAUAUAUUUAUACCCCAAAAUAGACUCCACUUUUACACAUUUUUAAAUACUAUGUGAAUUAUGUGUAUGCUAAUAGAAUCCUUUUUUUUUAAUUCAGACAAUUCUUUCCUGGUAUUGUUCUUCUAAAAGAAAGAAUUAUACAAGGUUGUCCUUAAAUAUAUUUUUUAUUUUUGACUGUUUCAGUGAAUGCUACAAUAACGUUUUACUUAUCUGUUUAACUUUUUUGACCUUCAAAAUAUAUGUAUAGUAGGUGGGUACCGUUCGAUAUUUUGAAAAAUGUUUUCAGAGGUUAUGACUAAAACCAAUUUGAUUAGAUCCAUCUACUACUUACUUUUUUUAAUCUUAAAACAAAACUGUCUUUCCAUCCAGUGCAAUAAUUUCAGUAUUUUAUACAUAAAUGAAAAUUAAUACCAAAGUUAUCACUUAUAAGACAGAAGUAGGGUGACUAACCUCUACUGUUUUAACUACAAAUAGGGCGAAAUCAGCGCCAUAUUGUAACGUCACAACUGUCAAUCGAAACUCAAUUGAGUAGGUUUAAAAAUCUAAUAAUUAUACCUAAAUCAUUUAUUAGUACUGGUAAAAGUCUUCCUGAACGUUUUCCUAAUCUGAUUUUCUUUAUUAAAAAUAUAAUAUUUUUGAAUACCGUAAAACGGGGUAAAUAAAUACACAUAAGGGGUAAUUAAACAGAUGUUGGCGAAUUUUUCUAGUAUCUAUUUACUUAUCCCUUGAAUUCUUUUCACACCGUUUCACCGUAGUAGAAAUAGUGCCAAGAAACCCUCCAUUAAUGUUUAUAAGUUACCACGAAAUUGUUUCAAGUUCUAAUAGCUUUUCGAAUGAUUACAUAUUGUUACAUAGACAUAGUCUAGCUGGAAAUUAAUAGCAUCUCAGUGUACAGUAUUAUUGGCAUAACAAUCCUAUUUAUUUAUCUUUCUAGUAUUUGUGAAGAGACUACCAGACCCAGUCACGCGUUGCUAUGGCUAAGGUUCUUGUCAUAUUACACAUGGACAAAUAAUUUUCAAUAAAAUAAUAUUGUGACUAUAAAUUGAGAUGUAAGCUAUCCUAUCUUUCAAAUUGGAUCAGAAUGCAC